AUAUUGUGAAUAUGCUGCAAUGAACAUGGAUGGAAAUUAAUGACAGUUUCUCUGAGCUGCCUGAUGUCAGAGCCGGGAAAGGUAUGAAGAGUAUAUAAGAGCUGGAUUACUCAUUGGCAAGUGUGGGGGCAAAUACUCCAGUGGAUGCAAGCUUGGGAUUGUUUAUAAAGCUUUCUUACCAUUAGAGGCAUUCUCUGAUAUUGCUGACACUGAAACACUAAAAGAAAAUUUGAGAAACAAUGUGCCUCCUGAAACUUCCAGUAGUUCUCAUUGUGCUCUUGGUUGCACUACACCAUCUGAAAGCUACCCCCAUUGAAAGUAACCAAGUGGAAAAGCGGAAAUGCAACACUGCCACAUGUGCGACCCAACGCCUGGCAAAUUUCUUAAUUCGUUCCAGCAACAAUCUUGGUGCCAUUCUUUCUCCUACCAAUGUGGGAUCCAAUACAUAUGGAAAGAGGAGCACAAUUCAUAUUUUAAACAGGGAACCCUUGAAUUACUUACCCUUUUAGAGGUCAGUGUACCUCUAGAAUUCUUCUUGUUUCAUGUACAGAUAUUCUAGUGAUUUCCUGUGUAAUUUAACAUUAGCAUGAACCUGCGUCUGUAUGUCCCAUGUUUGUUGCCAGUACAUAUAAAUUGUCUUGAAAAGAAUUGUUUUAAAUUUAACACUAAUUAAGGUCCCGUAAUAAAAAGUCAGUAUCUUUAAAAGUGAA